AAGUGGCUUCCCCAACAUUUUGACUUCAGAGCACCAAUGUUAUUGAACUUGCCCUCUUAUAAUUUUUGCUUUUCACCUGCUGCAUUAACAUCAUGCAGCCUUGUUAUCAGAAUAGAAGCAAUAAGUGUAUUCAUGGACCACAAAUCCGUGAUCUCUUUGGAGAGUUAUGCGUUGAUAGCGCGAUCUUGUACUAACACAUACUGAAGUACUUGCGUGCAGCUAACACAUACUCAAUAAAUAUUGAAGAACUUGCAUGCGGCGUUCAAGCUACAACUAUGAUGAGUUCUGAUCUCAGACUUUGCGGGCUGCUCGUCCCUUCACGUUGACAAGGAAACCAUGGGCGACAAUGAAGCUGCACAUAUUUGACGCAAUCAAAGCCAUCUAACAAAUGUAAACCGGGUCCAAUUACGAGUCCAGUCCAGCCAGGCUUGACUGAGCCCAGACUCCGAGAAGGUUCGGACUUGGGCCCGGCUAGUUGGUUCAGUCGGCCUAGCUCCCACUCCCGAACCUAUUAAAUCAAACAAUCAUCGCCGUUCAUCUGGUAUUCUAAUUUAGUGAAUGGACGGUCCUGAUCUUGGGGGCCAUGCGCGCGGGCCGCGCCUCCAAUCGCGAGGAGAGCUCGUUAAAAGCCGCGGUGUUCCGAAUAUUCCGGUGCUCGCUUCUCUUCGCCGCGCGUCGGCCAUGGCGUAUCGGAGGAAGCACGGUGCGCCCAAGGCCACCACCUUCGAGGACUUCCGAUCCACGCCGCCGCAAGUGCCGGAGGGCUCCCUUCCGUCGUCGCCGUCGCUCGCCGCCCAGGCCAUCCGCGCCUCCGCCGCCCACCGCGACUCCUCUCUCUCCUCUGCCUAUGGCGAAUCCGCCUUCUCCUCCGCCUACCGGGAUUCCAAUCGCCCCAGGUCCCCCCAGGGUUCAAAUACCUAUCGGUACACAUCGAUAAAAAGCUUGAAUGAACCUCAACAUGGUUUUUGGGGGAUUUUGGCUAGGAAAGCUAAAGAAAUUCUUGAAGAUGAUAAUGCCGCCCUGCAAUUUGAUGAGCAUGGUAGGAACCAGCUCCAGAUGGUUGACUCAUCAACAGGUGCGCAGCAGUUCCAUCGAUCCUAUUCUGAAGGCUACCGGAAGGCACAAAAGCCUGCACUUCAUAAAGGAUCAGAUUCAAUUGCUUCUUCCCUUAACCACAUUGGUGGUACAAUCAGAAAUGCCCUUGAAGAAGGCCUGACAAUUGUGGAGAACAGAACAGCUGAUAUCAUUCAAGAAACACGAAAGCUGCAAAUUAGGAGAAAAGCAAGUGGUUCCAGUGCACGAGAUCGGCCUACGGAUACAUUGGUUCCAAAUACUCUCUCUCAGAUUCAGACAGACCAAGAAACACAACUGAAGGCUUCACGCGACGUUGCAAAUGCAAUGGCUGCUAAGGCCAAACUUCUUUUACGAGAACUAAAAACAGUCAAGGCAGACCUGGCUUUUGCAAAGCAGCGGUGCUCCCAGUUUGAAGAGGAGAACAAAAUCUUGCGAGAGAGCCGUGAAAAAGGAACCAACCAUGAAGAUGACGACCUGAUAAGACUCCAGUUGGAGACAUUAUUGACUGAGAAGGCAAGGCUGGCAAAUGAGAACUCCUUAUAUGCACGAGAGAAUCGGUUCCUGAUGGAGAUUGUGGAAUACCAUCAGCUUACCAUGCAGGAUGUUGUCUACUUGGAUGAGGGCGUUGAAGAGGUCUACCAGAUCCCACCCCAUUCCUCGCCAUCUCGUUCUGCACCUGAAUUCCCCUCUCCUGUCCUCUCUAUCACUCCCUCUCCAUCUCCUGACCCGGCUUUUCCAUCAUCUCCCAAAGUCUCCACACCGAGAACCCCUACCAAUCCUGCAUCUGCUCCAAAGAUUAUUGCGAAGGCUGUGACUCCAGACAUACAGACAAGUCCAUUGGAGACAUCUCCAGAGGCCGAAGGUCCCAAGCAGCAGGAGAUUAUUCCUUCGCCAUCUUCAACAGUUGAAGGUCCCAGGCAGCUGCAGUCUCCAACCUCGCCCGCCUGAGAUCUGAGUAGACCAAUUCUAUCCUUCUCCACUUAGAUGUGCUUGGUUGGUUUGUGCAUGUAGAAUUCAUUGAUUCUGGAUUGUAUUGUUUGUAAUCAUAAACUAUGACGUCCUUUGUUGGUAUCAUCAUUAUCUACAUACUUAUGAUAACAAUGUAGGUUUUCUUGGGUCUUAUGUGCCAUCUUCCAUGCAGUUGGUUCU